AGCUUCAAUUUCGAGUUUACAAAAUAACGCACACUAAACCCUCUACUCGUCUUUCUUUGUUCGAAACAGCCACCGUCGAGAGCCACCACGCGAGGCAGAGAAACCGCACAGUAACGGCGGCGUCUAGAAGCAUGGCUGGGCCACGGAGGAAAGGGACAGUGACACCACUCGAAUCACAUUUCUCCCCAGAAGAAGUUCAAAAAGCCACCAAGCACAUUCAAGAUUCUAUCGCCGUUAAGAACAACGAACUCCAUCAACUACGAGCUUUCGUCGAUGACAACAGCAACCUUAUCAGCCUUGUUCAGAAACUUCCUGAACAACUCUCUCACGAUAUCAUGGUUCCGUUUGGGAAAGCAGCGUUUUUUCCUGGCCGUUUGAUUCAUACCAAUGAGUUCAUGGUUCUUUUGGGAGAAGGCUAUUAUGCAGACAGAACUUCCAAACAAACUGUUGAGAUUUUGCAAAGAAGAGGGAAGUCAUUGGAUUCACAAGUUGAUUCUCUUCAGCUAAUGAUCAACAAUCUUAACUCGUUUAUCAAAGUGGCAGAUUCUGAAGUAGAGGAGGGUCUUGUAGAAAUAAGGGAAGAAUAUGUGGAGGACGAGGACAAUGACCACUCUGACGAAGAGGAAUCUGAAUCAGAUUUACCCGUGGAAGAUGCUACUAGUUCUGGGAAAUCAACAGCCAAAGAAAUGGACUAUGCUGCUUUUUUGUCUAUGAUGGAUGAACUUGAGAAAAAAGAAGAGCUUGCUGAAAAAAAUGGUGAUUACAGCGAUGAAGACGAGGAAACUACUGAUGAUUUUAAUGAUAGUCCAUAUCAGAGACCUGUUGUUAACAAUCCCAAAAAUCCAGAGGGUAGUAAUCAAGCCAUACCGCUGAAUCAUCAAGAAAAUAUAGCUGAUCAGUUGAAUUUUGAAAGCCUGGCUGUUCAAUCUCAGGUCAGAGGGAAAAUUGCACAAAAUGUGAAACCCAUUGAUCCUAGUGUAAAGCCUCCCAUACUUCCUAGAGAGAAGACAUCUCAAGCAACUUCUGCGUCGAAAAUUGAGGCUCAACACCAAACUUCACAACCAUCAUUUGAUAGUCGCAAGGCUUUUACAGGCUCCAUCGUAGAGCAUGCUGAGAGUUUACCAAAAACUUCAAGAGAACAAAGUUCAAAUUCACAGGUUUCCAGUUCUCAACCUUCAAAACCAGUCUCCAGAUUCAAAAUGCAGAGAAAGUAGAUACAGGAUUGUGAGAAAGUUGUUUGAAGCUCUUUUUAUUUUUUAUUUUAUUUUUUAUGUAUAGUUGUUUGAAGCUCUAGGAUCUGCUUGUGUUAUUACUAUCAAAAGCAGAAAAAGUGAAAGAUGGGAUAAGCCGUUUUGAAUGAAUAGUUGAAAUUAUUGUGCUCUCCGUAUAGAUUGAAGAAUCCAAAGAAACGAAGGCAUAUUUGUACUACUUUCAAACAAAUAUUACAACUUUUCUGCUUUGCAGUGAAUUGGAAUUGAAAUGAGGUCUUUUUUUAAUGAGAAAUGUUACUUGGACAUGA